AUGGAGUUCCGCAAACUCUACCAAACCUUCGAACCCUCCCAACGCGUCCAACAAGACCGCAAAAGAGUCCAAGAAAAUAUGCAGUUCAUCGUCGACAGAGCCUACCGCGGCCACGUCAAGAUACACGUGGAGCUCUUCGGCUCCUCAAUCAACAAUCUCGGCUUCUCAACCUCCGACGUCGAUAUCUGUCUCCGCAUCCCGCAGUCCCACGGGUUGGAUGAGGACGAGUUUGCGCGACUCACCAACAUGUUCCGUCUUGCGAAUAUCCUGAGGAGGUUUGGGAUGCAAGAUGUGCGGCCGGUCGCGUCGGCUAGGGUGCCGAUCUGCAAGUUUGUGCAUCCGGAGACGGGGUUGCAGUGUGAUGCGAAUUUUGGGAAUGAGUUGGGGGUUAAGAAUUCAUUGCUUUUGAGGACGUAUACGUUGAUUGAUCCGAGGGUUAGGCCUUUGGUUAUGUUGGUGAAGAAUUGGGCGAAGAAUAGGGAUCUUAAUGAUGCUGCUGAUGGAGGAACGAUCACCUCCUACGCCUACUCGCUGAUGGUCCUCAACUUUCUUCAAAUCCGCGGCAUCAUCCCGUCGUUGCAAGAGCUU